CAAAGGCAUCUCCAGCACAAGUAGUAGAUGCACUCAAUAAAUGCCCUUAUACGCCCCUAUCAAACCAAAAUUUUUGGUCUUUAAAACCCUAAUUCCUUUCUUUUCUCUCUUUCUUUAAACCCCUUGAUUCGCAUCUUUCGCCUCCUCAAUCUUUUCGAUUCAAUUGGUUUCAAGUUUAGUAGGUUUCAAGUAGAUUCUCAAGAUUGAUUUGCCGCAAGAUCUACCUGCAUUUCAAGAUUCAGGAAAAUCAACAGAAGAUCAAGGAAACCCAGAGACAGUUUCCUUGGAUUUUAAUGGAUUCACGAGAAUCAUUAGCACCACCGCCAUCGCUACAACAACAUCAACCCCAUCAUCACCACCACCAGCAGGCGCCGCCCGGUAUGAUGAUGCCACCCAACUCUUACUCUACCCACCACCACCACCUAUCCAACACUUCCAACACCGCUAUAACGAACAACAAUAAAAAUGCCAACAUCAUAAGCCCUAGUUCGAUGCAACAACGCUUCCCUUUUAAUGCCUCUGAUCAGUACGGCGAUGGAUCGUCUCCCUCAGGCGGGUUUAGGGCUGGUGGAUACAGCAUUGAGCCAGCCAGGAAGAAGAGGGGCCGGCCGAGGAAGUAUUCACCGUCGUCUGAUGGCAACAUUGCGCUCGGUUUGGCACCUGCUCCGGCGACUGCUAUUUCUAAUGUUGCUAGUGCUGGGAAUUUGGAGUCUUCGAACGAUGGCAGUGGUGGAACCCCAAAUGCGGAUUCAUCUGCCAAGAAACACAGAGGAAGACCAGCUGGUUCUGGGAAGAAGCAAUUGGAUGCUUUAGGUGCACCUGGAGUUGGGUUUACACCUCAUGUCAUCAUCGUCAAAGCAGGAGAGGAUAUAGCCUCGACGAUUAUGGCAUUUUCACAACAAGGACCUCGAACUGUUUGUAUACUAUCUGCCAAUGGUGCCAUCUGCAAUGUGACCCUUCGUCAGCCAGCAACUUCUGGUGGCACUGUAUCAUAUGAGGGUCGAUUUGAGAUAAUAUCUUUAUCAGGUUCCUUCUUGCACUCGGAGAGUAAUGGUAACCGCAGCAGACCUAGUGGAUUGAGUGUUUCUCUUGCCGGUUCAGAUGGGCGAGUUUUGGGUGGUGGUGUUGCUGGGAUGUUGGUGGCUGCAUCACCUGUACAGGUUAUUGUUGGUAGCUUCAUUGCAGAUGGGAAGAAAUCAAAAUCUAGCGUGGGGCCAUCAUCGGCGGCACCACCAAACAUGUUGACUUUCGGUGGUGGUGAUGGAGGGGGUGUUGCUGGGAUAAGUCCUCCAUCUGAAGGGCCAUCAAGUGAAUCAUCUGAUGAUAGUGGGAGCAGCCCGCUUCAUCGGAUGCCUGGUCCCUACAACAAUCCGAGCCACCACCAGCAGCAGCGGCAACAGCAACAACAACAACAGCCGAUGCAAAAUCUGGGCAUGUAUUCAAACAUGGGGUGGCCAAGCUCCACCAUGAACAUGCUUCCCAAUUGAAUCAAGUAAAUUCAGACAUGAUGAUGAUGAUGAUGAUGUUGAUGUGGUCGUUGCAUCGAGUUUACAGAUCCAUUUACAUAUAUGCUACCGGGCAUGUGGGCAUUAUACUUGAAUUCUAUCUUUUUCAAAACUUGAAUAUCUUAAUUUUCUUGAAUCUGGAAGCAGGGGAGCAUGGUCGGUGGGCCGCUACCGGUAUCUUGGAAUAUUCAUCUAUCUAUUAUUAUUACUAUUUUUAGAAGGUAUUUCUGUGAAACUUUGAAUUUAGGGAUGAAGAGUGAAUCAAAUGUACUUUUUGUAGAAUCAAUCUGGGGUUGUUCUUGUUGAUAUCAUCG